CCCCCCUUUCGCCGGCGCUGCGUCUGUCUCGCGCGCCCUCUCGGCGGCCACGAGCAUGCCAAAAGGGAUCACCGACAAAGACGCCCGAUUCCACCGGCUCUGUUCGAUGAUGCAUGUUCAGCGACCGGCUUGCUUGUGCCUGGCAUGUUCAGCGGACGUCCCCUGUCCUCCUGAUCGUCCAUCCAUCCCAUCCGCCCCAUCCAUCCACGGCCGUCCAUCCGCUCGCGCUGCUCAGCGCCAUGCAACUGCCAUCACACAGUCCCAAUUUUCUCGGGCUAUCCAUUUGCAUCCUAGUCUAACCGCUCCGUCUGGCCUUGCGGUCUGACCAGGGGUUACGCUGGCGGCGAACAGAACGUGACUACCCCACGCAUGAGCAAAAGGCUGGUUUUCCGCCGCGCGGUCAUGGCGUAGCAAUUAUUUAAAGAAUUCCUCCUGCGCUCUGGACGGACUGCUGUGUCCGUAGACAUCAUCAUUCAAGCCAUUCCCCCCUUCAGAGCGACUUUUCUUCGUCGUCUUUUUCUUUCAAAAGUGCAUGCCGAUUCGCAUUGCUGCUACUUAGCCUGCCCUUCCUCCAUACCACCAUGCCCCCUCACAGUGACGCGCCGUCACCGGCCAGCAGCUUCACCACCUCUCACUUCAGGACCGCCAUGGCUGGCCGGACGACGGGAUUCAGCAGCGCCUACAGCGAUGCUUUCGAGACCAGUUCGAUAGAUUCGAAUGAUCUAGCCAUUCGUCGACCACUUCUGCCCGGAAUUCAUGUGCCAACUCCAGCAUUUUUUGACCCCGUCACCGAGGAUUUGGAUCUCAAGACCAUCGGCGAACAUGCUGUACGACUGGCCGAGGCUGGCGUGCAUGGCAUUACCACCCAGGGAUCGAAUGGUGAAGCCGUUCACAUGACUCACAAGGAGCGCAAUCUGGUUACCAGCACCACGCGCAAGGCUUUGAACGACGCGGGCUUUGGAUGGAUGCCAAUCAUCGUUGGUUGCGGCGCUCAGUCGACUCGCGAGACCAUCGAACUGUGCCACGAAGCGUACGAAGCUGGCGGAGACUACGCCCUGGUCCUCCCUCCGUCAUACUACGUCGGCUUGCACGCCAAGGAGACAGUCAUCAACUUUUUCCAGGACGUCGCCAGCGCUUCACCAAUUCCCAUCUUGAUCUACAAUUACCCCCCGGCGGCGGGCGGGAUUGAUCUGUCUUCAGACACCAUCAUUCAGCUCUCCCAGCACCCAAACAUCGUCGGCUGCAAGUUGACAUGCGGCAAUACCGGCAAACUCAAUCGAAUUGCCGCCGCAACGCGCGCAGCAACCGCGUCUGAGCCAGGCAGUGGUUUCAUGUGCAUGGGUGGCUCCGCUGACUUCCUCCUACAAACUCUCGUCGGCGGCGGCUCUGGCAUCAUCGGCGGCUUUGCAAACAUCGCACCCAAGGCUUGUGUCAAGCUCUUCGACCUGUUCGAGGCCGGAAACAUCAAGGAAGCACGCAAGCUCCAGGCUGUGAUUGCCCGUGGAGAUUGGACUGCGAUCCAAGGUGGGAUUGUCGGCACGAAGUGCGGUCUGCAGGCUCACUUUGGCUACGGCGGCUAUUGCAGGAAGCCUCUCCCACGACCAGGCAAGGAAGAGACAAAGAGAUGGCGAGACGGUUUCCAGGAAGUCGUCGACCUUGAGCAAUCGCUGUGAGGCCGAUGUCGAAUGAUCCCUGUUGCUCUCUCAAAACGUCUGCACAUGCACCCCAAUGUCGCCUGACAUGAAAAAAAAAAACAGCCAUGGUUAGAGCUGGACCAACUCUUCGCUAUGCGCACGUAAUACUCCUUAAUGCGGGGAACCAGGCAGGUCCUCUGGUUACCCAUCUCAAGCGGCGCUCCCUCUCUGACACAUCAAUAUUGAUCAUCGAAGCAUUUCGUGGGUGCCGUCGGCGUUUGCAUUUUUGGCGUCACGGUUUUAAUUUCAUGGCAAAAGGAAGGUUACUGAAGCGGUUUCCUUGUUUUUGGUUUUUUCCCCUUCUCUUAAACGGGGAUCGUCAUGACACUUUCCCCUUCCUUGUUGCUCGAAAAUCUUGUUUCAACAGCUCAUGACAACGAUGCACUUAUAUCCUUCACUGUCUUUUCUGGAGGCAAUUGUCGUCAAAAUUGACCAUACAAAAUGUUCCCACUAAACCUUUGGCAAAAGGAGGCUAGAUAAACUCUCCUAGUGUCGCGAGACACCAAAUGAACAUUUUUUUUUCCCUAA